AUGUGUUUCAGCUCAAAACCGCGAUGGGAAGAAGACGUCGUCUUCGCGAACCGUCGCCCGCGUCGCCGCAUCGUAACGGAGACGGUGAUCCGCCACUCCCCUCGGGCCUCCGUCCAAUACAUCCAGGCACCGCCUCCACCCCCCUCCCCUCCCUCACGGCGCACGCCCACGCCGCCCCCAGCGCCCAAACCCAUCGAGGCUCCCCCCGACCCCAAACCCAUCGAGGCUCCCCCCGACCCCAAACCCCCGACCCCGUCCGGCUCCCCCUCGCGCAUCGAGCUCGUCAGCGUCGAGGAGGAUUUCCGCCGGCCCGGCUCGGCGCGGAGCAGCAGGGUCAGCGUGUCGCACGCCGGCACGAAGAAGAGCUCGCACAGUCGGCACGGGAGCCGCGCCGGCGGCGGCGGAGGCGGAGGCGAGGAGGUGUACAUCGAGCGCGAGCGGGUGCGCGAGCGCAUGGUGCCUGCGCCGACGCCGCCGCCGCCGCCUGACACGUUCCGCUACGUCCCGGGGAGUGGGUACCUGGUGGAUGCGCGCCCUGAUGAUCGCGCCGAGAGGAGGCGGAGCAGGAGUAUCACGUACGAGACGCACCCGCGGGUGAGCAGUGGGAGGGUGGUCGAGAGGGAGAGGGUGGUUAUCGAGGACGAGGGUGGGGGCGGCAGGAGGAGGGAGUAUUAUCGGCGGCCGUGA